GUUGAUUUUUCGUUUGACAUAUCCUUGACAUUUUGUUUGUUUUUAAAAUUCAGAAAAAACUUAUACACAAAUAUGUGAUUAAUCAUGAGUUCCAAUUAGUUCAGUGAUAAUGCUGAACAAUCUAUAUGGUAUUCAGUUCUCUAUUGUUAAUGUCAUUGUAAGCUGGUUACAAAUCUAUUAAAUUAUAGAUGCCAGUUUGUAAAAAUCAGCGAUUCUAUCAUCAUAACUGAAAAUGGAACCAAGAGAAACUUCUGAACUCCAACAACUCGUAUCAAGUGAUGCAGAAAACGAAGAUAGCCUUGUUCAAGAUGAUAGUGAAGUGAAAGUUAUAUCCCCGAUUAAAAGCAGUAAAGUGGUAAUUGAACAAGUUCAUUAAUGUACCCCUACCAGUUUAUACAUUGCUAAUGAUAUAUUUAAUGAUAUCAUCAUCGGGCAACACUAGUAGGAGUUCUGUGGCUCCUAGUAUGAAAAGAGGUCAAAUUGGCGAUAGGACUGGAAGCUCAAAAAUCACAUUCAUAAAUGAAAGGAAGCUUAGAGAAACUACUUCUAAGCCAAAUAGUGUAAGGCCUAGAAAUGUACAUAAAGUGAAUCCAAGUACAAGUAAUACAAAUAUCCGACAUCACUCUUUUAUAUCGCAAGUGCCGGACGUCAGACAUAUGGAAAGGGCUCUCUUGGGCCUUUUGGCCGAUUUCCAUUCGGGAAAGUUGAAGGCUUUCGGCGAGGGAUGCACAAUGGAACAGAUGACCAAUAUCAGGGAACAACAAGAGAAAUUGGCCAAGCUGCACUUUGACCUUGGUUCUGCUACAGUUCCUGGCUUAAGUGACGAGAAUAUCCAGCGGUCCCAAAACACAAUGAGCCAACUGAUUCAAAGACUGGAACAGCUCAGUGCUUCAAUUGAAGCCCUGCAUAACACCAGUAAUAAUAAUUUGAACAAAUAAUUACUAUAAAAAAUCUUUAUUAAUAGGAUGGUAGACUAACAUUAAACAUUAUGCUGUUAUAAAAAGUACUUUUUUCAUUGUUUUGUAUUUAUUUUAUACGAAUUUAUUAUCAAUUUUAAUUAUAGCUUAUAGAAGAUAAAAAAUGUUAUAUAAAUCAUUAUACUAUUGAUUUUAUAAAUCGCUCUACAAGCUAUUUAAUGUGUUGGACAACUCCUGGAUCUGUUCUCCUCCUCUCUAAAAAGUUAGAAAAUCAUGUGAAUUUUGAGUGAAAAAAUGCAAUUUCCAUAUAUCUAUCUUAUCAUCACUUAGUAGGUGUGAAUGGCUCUAAAAGAUGUCAACAGUUUGAUGUAAAAUAUAACACUGAUUUGACAUUUAUUUUAGCAUAUGCCCUCUCUUCUCAAAAAUAAAGUGUAGUUCUUACAAAUUUGACAGUUUGGACUGUGCGACAUUAAUUGCUCUUCAAGUUUCAAAUUUAAAUAAAAAUUUAAAAGUGAAUCAAUCUUUAUUUUAAAAAUGUAUUUAAAUUAUAUGCCUUAGUUUAUC